AUGACCUCCCUGUUGUCCACACCGACGAGUAGUAGGAUAGGAAUGUUUCUUUCCAGAGCUCUUACACCCCGUCCACCAACCCUUACACGCACUUUUCACCCCUCCCUCCCAGCUCAUACGAGUCAUUUCGACACCCACUUAUUCGUCGAACGUCUCACAGCCCAUGGAAUGACACCCACUCAAGCUGAAGGAGUAAUGACCGUUUUAGCAGAAGUGGUAGAUGAGAGUAUAAAAGGUAUGGAAGCUAGUUUAGUCAGUCGAGCGGAACAAGAAAAACAACGUUACACACAAAAAGUAGAUUUCGCUCAACUCAAAUCUGAAAUCCAAAUGCACGAAAAAAACGAUUUAACACUCAUGAAAGCUGAAAACGAUCGACUCAUGACAGAUGUUGAAAAGUUGAAACAACGAUUAAGAGAAGAAGUAACACGUACACAAGCAGGUGUAAGAUUAGAUUUGAAUUUAGAAAAAGGUAGAAUAAGAGAUGAAAGUAGUCAACAGGAAUUGAAGAUAAAAGAAGUAGAUACUAGGAUUGAAAGUGAAAUCGCUGGUUUGAGGAUGCAAAUCGAACAAGCUAAAUAUAGUAUAUUACAAUAUUUAGUUGGGGUAGCUACUGGUUCUGGAGCUUUGUUAUUGGCUUACAUGCGUAUGAUGCGAUAA